CAUGAUGUGUUCAGAGCAAGGGAGCAUGGAUUAGAGAUUAAAGCACAGGAUUGAGAGCCUGAACAUCUGGGUUCUGUCCUGUUCUUCCAGCAACUUGCUACCAUACUGAAAACCUGUGUUAAUCAUGGAGCCAUAUUGUGCUGGUUUCAAGCAUGUGCAACGGGACUGUGGAGUUCAUCUCAAGCUUGCAAAUGAUGAGACACACAAAGCUAGAAAUACACAACACUCCAAGCCUGGAUCUUAUGGUGUCAGUAUUAGGGUCCAAGGAAUUGAUGGUCAUCCCUACUUAGUGCUAAACAACACAGAGGGGUGUUUGUCAGAAAACCCAUCUUUAUCUGAAAAUGGGCUGCAGGUUGCAUCUCAGACAAUUAAUAGGUCAGCUCCAAACUCCAAUACUGCUCUUAAAUUGGGGGAGAAAAAUAGUGAAGAAAUAAAGUUUCCUGGAACACAGUCCACACAGCCCAGUAUGUUUAAAAGCCUAAAGCAAACCAAUAUCAAUGAAGGAGAGAAUGGAGUCUCAGAUUCUAAAUAUGGAACAUUAAAACCCUCCAAUUUGUUGAACUUUCAAAGGCAUCCUGAGCUUUUACAGCCUUAUGAUCCAGAAAAAAAUAACUUUAACUUGGAUAGCUACCAAUCUUCUGUGUGCAAUAAGUCUAAAUCUCUUGCAGAUGAAGGCAAGAUUGAAACAAAGCCUUGGACUUCUUCAUCUAAAGUAGUGACCCUACAGAAAACCCCACAGCUUGUGGAGUCAGCCAAAUCAAAUGUGAAAACAAUUCAUUUGAACAGGUCCAUAGCAGUGGAAGACCAAAAUAAGCAUGUGUCCAAGUGCCCCAGUGUUACUAGCACUCCAAAUGAAGUGCAUGUAUUCGAGUCCCUUUCAUCUAGUGGAGGAUCCCCACAUGUUAGCCCAACUGGCCAACCAGAAACAAGGAAAAGUAGACCAGAUGUUCUUUCUUUCGGCAGACAAGAUUCAGCUGGAUCAGUAUUGGAUGGGUCACGAAGAUCAUCAUCUUCAUCAACCACUCCAACUUCUGCAAAUUCCUUGUAUAAGUUUUUACUUGAUGACCAAGAAUAUGCUAUCUAUGCAGACAAUGUUAAUCGACAUGAAAACAGAAGGUAUAUCCCAUUUUUGCCUGGAACAGGCCGUGAUAUUGACACUGACUCAAUUCCUGCAGUUGAUCAACUAAUUGAAAAGUUUGAUAGGAAAACUGGUCCACAGAGAAGAGGUAGAUCAGGAAAAAGGAACAGAAUUCACCCAGAUGAUCGUAAAAGAUCAAGAAGUGUUGACAGUGUACUGUCUUUAGGCCUGGAGGUGAAUUCAGAUUACUUAGAUGAGUUUAGUAAAAAUUUGGGUAAAUCAACUGAGCACUUGCUAAGGCCAUCAAAAAUUUGCCUUCAGAAACAAUUAUCUCUUGAACAAAAGUUGCCUUCCCCUGAUACACAAGUUGCUGCUCAAACUGUCAGCAAACUGCAACCGACUGCUCAAGACAUUCAGAACAACCAUUACAAUUCAUUGCAAUAUCAUAAAGAAAAUAAAGUUAAUGGAGCGAGUUUGAUGUUUAGGUCAUCCACACUUCCAGUACAGAAUAAAAAAGAGGAAGUUAAAACAGUAACUUCUACUCUCUUGUUGCCAAAUCGAAUUACAAUCCCGCCCGACCCAGGAACAAAGAAGAUCUUAGUAAAAACAUUUUCUUCUGCCCCAAAUACACAGGCAACUCCUGAUCUGUUAAAGGGCCAGCAAGACCUCACGCAACAAACAAAUGAGGAGACAGCUAAGCAGAUCCUUUACAAUUACCUUAAGGAAGGAAGCACUGAUAAUGAUGAUGCCACAAAGAGGAAGGUCAACUUGGUUUUUGAGAAGAUCCAGACUUUAAAGUCAAGAGCUGCUGGAAGUGCACAAGUUUCUAAUUCUUCAACUGAAGUCAAAGCAUUGCUGGAACAAAAAACAGAGCUAAAGAGCAAGGUUGCAGAGCUACAGAAAAAGCUGGAUCUAGAAAUUAGGAAUCAGCAAAAUGCCAAAGAAGAGAGAGACGCUACAAGAGCAACUCUGAAAGAUCUACAACAGCAACUUGACAAAAGUGUACAAGAAAAAGAUGCCUUAAAAAAGCGUCUAGGAGAAAGUGAGAAGGAACUCAGGCAAAACUUAGAGGAACUUUUUCAAGUGAAGAUGGAGCGGGAACAACACCAGACUGAAAUCAGGGACCUUGAAGACCAGCUCUCUGAAAUGCAUGAUGAAUUGGAUAAUGCAAAGCAUGCUGUGGAUGUUGAGAAAGAGGUUUUGAUAGAGGAGCUGAUGCAAAUGAAGCAGGAUCUGCAAGAAAUAUUCAUGACAAAAGAACAACAAGAAGAAAUAUUGAGAAAAAGAGAACGGGAACUGACUGCUCUAAAAGGAGCGUUGAAAGAAGAAGUAUCUAACCAUGACCUGGAGAUAGAUAAACUUAAAGAACAACAUGACAAAGAACUUCAGAAUCUAAGAGAGGCUCUAGAAGAAGCAAGAAAGAAUGCUGCUGCCCUUGCCAGUGAAAAAAACACUGCAGAACAGAUGCAAAGUAGUGCAGAAAAUCGAGUGAAGGAGUUGGCUGAGCAAAAUGAACAAUUGAAGAGAACAAUUAAAGAGCUAGAGGACAAAAUUAAAGAACUCCAUCAACAGAUUGAUAAUAUGAAAGGAGAAGAAGAUACAAUGAAGGAAAAAAUAGAGAGAUAUGAGAAAGAAAAGCAACAAUUAGAAGAUGUCCUGGCACAUGCUGGGGAAGAGGGAAAGGAACUGCUGUUGGUGAAAAAGUCUUUGGAAAGCAAGCUGGAGGAUAUGCAGAAAAAAUUCAAUCAGGUUAUUCAGGAACAGCAACAGUUAACUGAACAGUUAAAAGAUGAAACUAACCAGAAGGAACAAUUAAAGAGGAUAAAGAAUGAAAUGGAAAAUGAGCGAUGGCAACUAGACAAGACUAUUGAGAAGUUACACAAGGAGAUGGCUGAAAUUGUAGAAGUGUCCCGGUCAUCCACUCUGGAGCUUCAGAACCAGCUUGAUGAGUACAAGGAGAAAAAUCGCAAGGAACUUGCAGAAAUGCAGAGACAAUUAAAAGACAAAAAUCUUGAGUUAGAAAAAUCACACCUGACAACCAUGAAAAUGCAGGAUGAGAUGCGUCUUAUGGAAGAGGAUUUACGGGACCACCAGAGAGCCCAGGAUGAGGCAAUUACAAAAACUCAGCUGCUGGAACAAACUGUGAAAGGCUUGGAAUAUGAACUGGAAGCCAAAAAUCACUUGAAAAGUGAUCGGGCAAGACAAAUGAAACUAAUGGAGGACAAGCUGUCCCAGUUGGAACUGGAGCUUGAUGAAGAAAGAAACAAUUCAGAUUUGCUGUCUGAAAGGAUUAGUAGGUGCAGAGAACAGAUUGAACAAAUGAGGAAUGAACUACUUCAAGAAAGAGCUACAAGACAAGAUUUGGAGUGUGACAAGAUUUCAUUGGAAAGACAAAACAAAGAUUUGAAGAGCCGAAUCCUUCACCUUGAAGGUUCUUAUAGGUCCAGUAAAGAAGGACUUGUUGCUCAAAUGGAAGCAAGGAUCACUGAGCUAGAGGGACGGCUAGAAAAUGAAGAGAGGGAUCGGGCUAAUCUCCAGCUAAGCAAUCGCAGACUUGAACGGAAAGUGAAGGAAUUAAUGUUGCAAGUAGAUGAUGAACAUCUCUCACUGACUGACCAAAAGGACCAGUUGAGUUUGCGUUUGAAAGCAAUGAAACGUCAGGUUGAAGAAGCCGAAGAAGAAAUAGACAGACUGGAAAGUGCCAAAAAGAAACUUCAGAGGGAGUUAGAAGAGCAAAUGGACAUGAAUGAUCAAUUGCAAGGACAACUUAAUGCUGUGAAGAAGGAAUUAAGACGGAAGAAGUCACCAAGUAAAGUGUUGACUGAUCUUGAUGAUGACGACGAUGAUGAUUUCAGUACGGAUGGAGAGAGUCUCUAUGAAGCACCUUCAGGAUAUAAAUCCUCAAAAGACAAUGAUACAAAAAGCUAAAACUGACUCAACCCUGUGAUUCUGUUAAACUAAUUUAGGCUGAUCUAUUAUCAAGGAUAUGCAGAUUCCAAGAGCCAAAAGACUAGACAGAUUCGAGAGCUGAAGAUCUUUACAUCUGUAUUGUGCCAUUUUCAUAUUUAGAUCUUCUUUGUGUAACACAGCAAACAGAAAGCAAGAUUGCAUUGUAAAACAUCUAGAAAUAUGGCAUGUACCUGUUACCUUUGAGAAAACGUUUAUAACUGGGAUGAUGUUUCACAUCAGAAAUGUGAUUUUACUAAAAUUCUGUUUAAAUUAAGUAAACCGAAAUGAGAGCCAUCUGAAAGUCAUUGAACAUUACUUUAUUUGAGGUUGUUGCUAAAGAGUUUUUUCCUAGAAUUUAGGAAACCAGAGUGCAGAAGAUUAUUUAAUAAUUGUAAGUAGGGGAAACUGAUGUAUAGAAUGUAAAUAUUUUAAACUAGACUUUUUAUUAACUACUCUAGUGCCAUUUUGUAAAGCUUCAAAAAUUUUAUAGAUCAGUUUCAUAUGAAAAGUACUUAAAUCUAUUUUGAACAUUAUGCAUUUUAACUAAAAAAAGAAACAAAUACAUUUUACGAAUACAUGUAUUAAGGGAGCAGAUUCAUUGUUUUCAAGGCAAGAAACACAGUUGAAUUUUAAAUUCAGUAUAAAUUUUACUAUAUGUCAACUACAAAUUAGAAGUCAGAUACUGGCUUUGUGAUUAAACCCUAAAAUCCAAAUCCUGUUUAUUGACUUCAAAGGGACCAUUACAUGGGUAUGGUUAGCAAAAGGUGGUCCUAGGAUUAUAGGAAUCUUUUGUCUACAAAGCCAUCUGCCAUUAGUAGGGAACACUGAAAACAAGUUUAGUUAUUACUUGCAAUGUUUUUUCCCAAAGAGCACUCUGGGCCUUAUCAGCAAAACACUUUAAGCACCUGGUUUACUUGAAGCCCAGGAGCACUCCCAUUGAUUUUGGUAAGAUUACUCGUGGGCUUCAAGUUAAGCACAUUCUUAAGUGCUUUGAUUAACUGGUCCCAGAGUGCUCUGUACCUAGCAGGAAUGGAGCCCAAGCUUGAGGAAGAGUUAAUAUUUAACACAUGCCCUGUAAUCUGAUUUUAUAUUUCUACCAUGUUCUUUAGUGCCUGUUCAUAACAUUUUGCAGUCUCCAGGAAUAUAUGCAGUGUUUCAGUUUAUGGCACUUUGGAGAUUAUCUUGAUCAGUCCUGUAAAGAAAUUUUGAAAAACAUGCAUUGGAAAUUUGUGGGUUUUAUUUGAGACUUUUUACAGUUCAUUACUAAAUGUAUUAUCACCUGUAUAAUUUGUAUCAUGCCUCCUCCCUGCUUUGCUCUUUUGCAAAUUUAGCAUCUUUGUAAAUCUGUUGCCAAAUAAUUUUGAUAAGCCAUAGCUAAAUCCUAUCUGAUUAGCAACUUCUUUCAAAUGAUAUUUAAGUAAGCACUUCUCUGCUACAUGGAUCAGAUAACCAUUUAUUUUGAUGUAGUUCUAAAAUUAUUAGAACCUGGAGAUGUUAAAAUCUUCCUUUUACUCCUGCAGACUUACCUACAGAAGAAGUUAAACUUGGCAGUUCUGAAAGUGAAGGAACUGUUUAUUUUUGGUGGUGGUGUUGUUUUUUAAAGUAAGUAAACAGCCAUCCUGACAAGGAAAUAUCACAUCUCUUCCAAUGUGGUUACAUAGAAACAAAACAAUUAAGGCCCCAUCCUGCCAUUCACAAUGUGAGGGUGCAGCAGUCUAUUCCCUUGUUGUAAAUUGCAGGAUCAGAGCCCAUAUCAUCAUCAUCUUAUAUAUGAUUUCAAUAGCACCCUACAUUUGUAGGAAAUAAGUUACUACUAUCCUCCAGAUUACAUUAUCUCUGACAUUUAUAUAUGCUUUCCAGUUAAUUAGUUUUCUGGUUUAUAUAAAUUAAUCCCUUUUCAGUGAUCUCCUUUGUACUACUACAGUAAUGUUAAAAAAAAAAAUCUGGAAAAUCUGCGCUAUGCUGUAUUGACAAUCAUCCAAUAAUAACCUGUUGUGAUUUAUUUUUUGUUUUAUUUUACAUUUUAGCAUGGAUUUAACUGUAAACAGCUGAUAAUUUUACAUUCUGUUUCAGCACUCUUAUCUUAAUGUUCAUAAAUUACUAUUCUUUCAAGCCAUUGAAAAAAGAUCAAUUAACAUUGCAGCUACCUCCAGGUACACUAAACUGUAAAAGAAAAAUCAUUUAAAAUAAACUGUAUCAGCCAAA